AUGGCAAGGGCUGUACAUACUUCGUUCAGGCUGCUACCUCAGUCCGUCCGACAGACUCGCAUCCCUGCAGAGCUCAACAGCCUCGCAGAUCUCCUGGUCCUUGACAUACAGGCAAAGGUCCUGCCUCCGAGCUAUGAUGCGCACUUGCAUCUUCUGAGCUUCUAUAAAGAGUCGGCCGCCUUUGAGAAGGGCAACGCCUUCUGGUCAUGGCUGGUGAAGCAGAGCGAUGAUUACGUCAACGCAAAUCUUUAUGGCGUUGCCCUUGAACUCUUUGCUUUCCAAGGUCGUCCUGCAGAGGAUACGGAACAGCUAUAUGAGAAAGCCCUUGAUCGCUUUCCUGGUGUCUUCCUCCAAUACCAUCUCGCCCACAAUGCCGUCAUUGCCGACCGCGCUCAGCCCACGGCCAUAUCAGGUAUCCCUAGAGCCCUGUUACAAGGCAUCUUGACCGCACGCAUUUUACGUGGUGACGCAAAGUCAGCCUAUCUCACCCUGGAUACCACUUUCAGACUCUUCCCCACCAAGCUCCCGGCUCGAUUCGUUACCCUUUUCGUCCAGGAACGCCCCUUAAAUGAAGCUUACAAGCUUUUCCUGCUUGCCUGUCAAGCUGGCGCCACUCCGGGCCAUGAUGCCUUAAAGAUUCUCUUGUCAAACCUGCGAAAAGUCGUUGCGACUCGACCACUUGAAAAUGCUGCUAUGUUGCGUGCAAUGGUUACCGCUUGCUACGCUCAUGUGGCUUCUGGCGCUGCCUUGCACAACAAGUCUCUCAAUGAACUGGUCAUCGCAAUCACCGGACUCUUGAAAGAUCGUGCCUUCGCCGGAAUGUCAUCCGACCAACUGCGACCUAUCACUGACGGAAUUGGUGCUCUGAUCAGUGACCUCUUUGGCAUCUGGGCUAGUCAAAACUCACCACCAGGCAUAGCUUCGUUCAACUCUAUGAUCGCCAAUCUCGCUGGCCGAGGUAAGCGUCAAGACGUUAUCGAUCAUUCUCUCGAAGCAUUAAAGCAUUAUGGACUCAAACCCAACACGGUCACGUUCCGCUCCAUCUUAACUGCUGCAGGCGAAAUGGGUGACGCUGAAGCAGUUCGCUCAGCCUGGACUAGUCUAGUUGCCAACCGCAUUGGGACAGGCGCUGCGCUGGAGCUUGUGGACUGGCAGAAUCUGUUGAACGCCGCUAGACGUAUUGAUAAUCCGGAUUACGUGCAACAACAGCUCGUCAAUUUUCAACACAUAGUGCCGACACAUAUCUUAGAUCGAAUGAGCACCGCGAUCCAGGUCGAAAACUUCUCGAGACGCUCCAAAUCGGACGAGAGCCCACCAUCGGAAUACUGGAUGAUUGCAGCAAAAUCGACGAAGAUUUUGGACGUCCUCAGACAGGAUAUUGAUUAUCUGUCAGCGAACUUGCAGUCUAAUCGCAACUUUUACGCUGAGCCUUUGUCGUUUUCCCUACAAGACCGCGCAAACGUGUAUGCAGGUAUACCUGAACAGCACAUCCGUAUGGUGUACGAUGAAAUGACAACAGACUCGUCGACAACUCUCGACCUUCUCCCACCGUCAGUUUCCGAGUCAGGACUACAAGCCGAGAUAGAGGUCGAAAAGCAAGGACCUGCCGUGAGUCCAACAGGAUAUCCACUUGAUGAGCUUCGAUACCAGAACUGGAAGACGAUCAACGAGCUUCUGUUUUAUGCAAAAAUACAUGACAGAGAAUACAUGAAGGCUGUUGACAAUGCCAUCAAGCUCGGCAAACCGCCACCUGCUCGCGAUAUGGAAUUGAGCAACGUACUAGGAAUUGACCAAAUGCCUGGUUUGAGUGACUCGAACACAAAGCCCGAUGACGACAGAUCAAGCACUGCUUCUGGUGAUGACAAGGAAGUCACACUUGAUGAGUUCCGGGAGACGAUCUUCGAACUCCGUGGCCGUAAGGCUUAA